AUGCUCUCCCGCAGCGCAUCCGCCGCUCCCAAGGCGGCGUCCGCCGCGUCGGCUGUCGCCCGCGUCGCCCCUGCCCUCUCCUCGACUGCCUCUACUACCUCUUCCUCGUCGACAUCGUCGUCUUCAUUACCGGCCCGGCGGCCGUUCUCUUCGUCGUCGCGCCGCUCGUUCGCCACGGUGCAGGAUGCCGCGCCUGAGGCGCCCAAGAAGCGGGUGUACGGCGGUCUCAAGGACCAGGACCGUAUCUUCCAGAACCUGUACGGCCGGUACCCGCCGGACCUGAAGCACGCAAAGAAGAUGGGCGACUGGCACAAGACCAAGGAGAUUAUCCUCAAGGGCCACGACUGGAUCAUCAACGAGGUCAAGACGUCGGGUCUGCGCGGCCGCGGUGGCGCCGGUUUCCCGUCGGGUCUGAAAUGGUCGUUUAUGAACUUCAAGGACUGGGACAAGGACAACAAGCCGCGGUACCUCGUGGUCAACGCCGACGAGGGCGAGCCGGGCACAUGCAAGGACCGCGAGAUUAUGCGCAAGGACCCGCACAAGCUGGUCGAGGGCUGCCUGAUCUCGGGCCGCGCCAUGAACGCCACGGCCGCGUACAUUUACAUUCGCGGCGAGUUCAUCUACGAGGCCGAGGUCCUGCAAAAGGCCAUCAACGAGGCGUACGCCGACGGCCUCAUUGGCAAGAACGCCUGCGGCUCCGGCUACGACUUUGACGUCUACAUCCACCGCGGCGCCGGCGCCUACGUCUGCGGCGAAGAAACGUCGCUGAUCGAGUCGCUCGAGGGCAAGCCCGGCAAGCCGCGCCUCAAGCCGCCCUUCCCCGCGGCCGUCGGCCUGUUCGGCUGCCCGUCGACCGUCACCAACGUCGAGACGGUCGCCGUUGCGCCGACCAUUUGCCGCCGCGGCGGCAGCUGGUUCGCCAGCUUCGGCCGCGAGCGCAACCAGGGCACCAAGCUGUUCUGCAUCAGCGGCCACGUCAACAACCCGUGCACGGUCGAGGAGGAGAUGUCCAUCUCGAUGCGCGAGCUGAUUGACCGGCACUGCGGCGGCGUGCGCGGCGGCUGGGACAACCUGCUGGCCGUGAUCCCCGGCGGCUCGUCGACGCCCAUCCUGCCCAAGGCCAUGUGCGACGACCAGAUCAUGGACUUUGACGCGCUCAAGGACAGCCAGUCGGGCCUGGGCACCGCGGCCGUCAUUGUCAUGGACAAGAGCACCGACGUGGUCCGCGCCAUCAGCCGCCUCAGCCACUUUUACCGCCACGAGUCGUGCGGCCAGUGCACGCCGUGCCGCGAGGGCAGCAAGUGGACGGAGCAGAUCAUGUCUCGGUUUGAAAAGGGCAUGGGCCGCGAGCGCGAGAUUGACAUGCUGCAGGAGCUGACGAAGCAGGUCGAAGGCCACACCAUUUGCGCCCUCGGCGAGGCUUUCGCGUGGCCCAUCCAGGGCCUCAUCCGCCACUUCCGGCCAGAGCUCGAGGCGCGGAUGCAGCAGUUUGCGGCCGAGACCGGCGGCGAGGCGCUGGCCGGCGGCUGGACGCACGACGCACGCAAGCAGGGCCACCUCAUUGCUCCGGGUCAGUAA